AUGUACAACCCUGAAAAAAAUUUGAAGUUAGGUGAAAAUGUGCGCUGCUUACGUGAACAGGGACUAACUUUUUCUCAAAUUUCUCAAGAACUUAAGCAACCGCUAUCAACAUGUUAUUCAGCCAUGAGAUCGCUUAAAUUAUCGAAGGACUACACAGAAAGUUUGAAAAUGAUUGUGAAGAGAAGGAAACGCGAUUAUGCUAUAUCUCUACAGUCGAGUGGCAGCUGCUGUUCAAGUUCGGAAUCAGAUCAGUUGGUUGAUGAAUCUCCUUCCCUUCAAGCUUCAUCAUCCUUCACUCUUCCAUCACCUACCUAUGCAGCAUAUGGCCUAACAUCUACUACGAAUCAGCUCUUGCAUGCGGUGAACAAAUCAAUUGAAGCGGCUCCAUGGCAUCAGCAGCUUAGUCCCAAUAUGAAAAACGAAGGAGAAAGCGGCGAACGUCGUAUGACAACCGAUCAGUCAUCGACGACAUUCUCAGUUGCUGUUACCGAUACCGAAACCACUUCAUCCUUUGUACCGUAUCGAGAAGUAAAUGCAGGAACUGGUUUUCCGGAAGAGGCUAAACGUACUGCUUCACCAGCACCAUUUAAGGGUAGCGAUAGCACGAAAGUAACUGCUUUGGAGGAGAAUGCUGAAAACGCCAUAACGCAAAAGUUAACGUGGGCUUUGAAACAGUUGGAAAAUUCUAAGAAACCUGAUGAAAUUGUACAGUUGAUGAAUGUCGUCGCCAGUGCUUUGAACAUAUUGAACAGUUUGAAAGUCAAAGAUAAAUAA